AACCUUUAAAAAAACUGAAGAAAGAUAUGGGCAAACCACAUAUUCUAGCCAUACCUUAUCCAGCACAAGGUCAUGUGAUUCCUUUAAUGGAACUCUCACAAUGCUUAGUUAGACAUGGACUCAAAGUCACAUUUGUGAACACAGAGUACAAUCACAAGAGGGUUGUGAAUGCAUUGGCAGAGAAGAAUUAUUUUGGGGAUCAAAUCAGUCUUGUUUCACUUCCAGAUGGGAUGGAACCAUGGGGAGAUAGGAAUGAACUGGGGAAGUUAACUAAAGCAAUUUUCAGUGUAAUGCCAGGGAAGCUGGAGGAUCUCAUUGACAGGAUCAAUGCAUCAGAAGAUGAAAAAAUUACCUGUAUAAUUGCUGAUGAGAGUAUGGGUUGGGCUCUUGAAGUGGCAGAGAAGAUGAAAAUCCGCCGGGUUGCCUUUUGGCCUGCAUCAGCAGCUCUACUGACCUUGUCAUUUACUAUUCCGAAACUAAUUGAUGAUGGGAUCAUCGACAGCAACGGAACUCCACUGAAGAACCAGACGAUUCAGUUGGCUCCAGCAAUGCCAGAGGUGCACGCUGCAAAUUUGGUAUGGGCUUGCAUUGGUGACUCGACCACGCAGAAAAUUAUUUUUGAUGUCUCAGUUAAAAACAACAAGGCUGUGAAACUGGCAGACUCCAUAAUUUGUAAUUCAGCAUAUGAUUUUGAGCCUGGAGCAUUUACUUUGACGCCAAAUAUUCUACCUAUAGGACCACUUCUGGCAGACAGUAGAGAAGGCGAUUCAGUUGGAUACUUCUGGCCAGAAGACUCAAAUUGUUUGAAAUGGCUGGAUCAACAACCUCUCAAGUCAGUGAUAUAUGUUGCAUUUGGCAGCUUCACUAUUUUUGACAAAAGCCAAUUCCAAGAAUUAGCACUCGGACUUGAAAUUUCCCGUAGGCCGUUCUUGUGGGUUGUGAGGCCAGAUAUUACCAGCGAUACAAACGCCUACCCAGAAGGAUUUCAAGAGAGAGUAGCCACCCGUGGGCAGAUGGUUGGAUGGGCACCUCAGCAGAAGGUUCUUAGUCAUCCUUCUAUAGCCUGCUUCUUGAGCCAUUGUGGUUGGAACUCCACCAUGGAAGGUGUCGCCAAUGGAGUCCCUUUCUUAUGCUGGCCAUACUUUGCUGACCAAUUCCUUAAUCAAAAUUACAUUGCUGAUGUUUGGAAGGUGGGAUUGAAGUUUAAACGCAAUGAAAGUGGGAUCAUCACACGGGAAGAAAUUAAGAACAAGGUGGAGCAAGUUCUGAGUGAUGAAAAUAUAACAGCAAGGGCUGCAGAAUUCAAGGAAAGAGCCAUGAUAAGUGUUGGAGAAGGAGGUUAUUCCAGGAAGAAUUUCAAUGACUUGAUUGGAUGGAUGAAGGCUUAAGCAUAUAGUUCAUGGCUUGUUUGAAUUUAAAUUUCUCUUUUCGUCUCUGUGUGGUUUGUAACCUGGUGAAAUUCGUAAAUGAAAAUGAAGUCCAAAUGAAAGAGAAACGGAAUAAGUAUUUCCACAUUUAGAUUUGUAGUAACAAACUGAGAAUAGAUAAACUAUCCAUGUGCCAAAUUGCAACCAAAAUGAUUAGUUUUUAUAAAUGACAAAGGAAUCC